CACACACACAAACUCAGCUCUGCAGGCUGUCAGGGCUGGAACAGGUUAAUUUUGCUCUUUGUCGCUCUCUAACUAACAGCGAAUGACCGGCGGUCAGCAUGUCGUGAUUCAGAUAAUCUUCUGUGAGAGAAAGUCUCCAGUAGCCUGCUGCUUUGGGUGUUGUUUUGUUUGCAGAGACCUUUGUGACUCUCCACAGGAGCAACAGGUGUGUUGACGCUACAAACAGCAAUGUCGGGCGACGUCCUGCAGCGGCUCAGCACCUUGACCCUGAGUGUCAAGCACCUCGGCCGCCUGCCCCGCCUUGCAGACCUCUUCCCUUGCUCCCUGCCUUCACCCAGACCCACUGUCACAGCCUCUCAGGUGCCCAGCCUGUUUCGAGAGCCCUACAUCCUGGCAGGCUACCGUCCUGUGGACCAGAGCUGGUGCUGCUACCUCCUCAGCCUCUUCCAGAGACAUAAUGAAUCCCUGAAUGUCUGGACUCACUUGCUAGCAGGUCCGGUGCUGCUGCUACACUGGUGGGCCAAUGCAAGUGCCCUGGGGUACACCUUGGACACAGCAGGCCUCCCUUUGUGCCUCUUCAUGGUGUCUUCUCUCACUUACCUCUUCUGCAGUGUAGCAGCUCACCUUCUGCAGUCUCAUUCUGAGCUCACACACUACUCCCUCUUCUUUGUGGACUAUGUGGGAGUGGCUGUGUAUCAGUAUGGUAGUGCACUUGGCCAUUAUUUCUACUCCAGUGAGCCAGUGUGGAGAGAAAGUCACAUUGGGCUGCUGUUUUUGCCUGGAGCCGCCUUCCUUGGAUGGCUGUCCUGCGCCGGUUGCUGCUUCGCCAAGUCCCGGUACCGGCGGCCAUACCCACUCCGCCGUAAAAUUUGCCAGCUGAUCCCGACCAGCCUGGCAUAUCUGCUGGACAUCAGCCCCGUGGCCCACCGGCUGGCUACCAUGCCCUGGGAGCAGGAUCCCUCACUGCCCCUCCACGCCCUGCAGGUGGCGUCCUUCCUGCUGUCUGCCCUUUUUUUCUCCUGCCCCAUCCCAGAGCGCUUCUUCCCCGGCCGCUGUGACUUUGUGGGCCAGAGUCACCAGAUCUUCCAUCUGUUUCUGUCGCUGUGCACCCUCUGCCAGCUGGAUGCCCUGUUUCAGGACUAUGCCAGACGGAGGGAUACAGUGGUGGAGGUAUUUGGGGAGCAGCAGCUGUGGUGGGCCUGCGUAUCCUUCCCCAUCCUACUCCUCUUUUGCAUCCUGACAGCAGUCAUCACAACGAGACACAUGCACAAGCAGCUGCAGGACAACCAAGAGAAAGACAAAUGAGUGGGGAGAGAGAGGGAAAAGAAAAAACAUUUUUAUAGUGUAAAAAGAAAAAAGGCAUUGAUACUAUGUGUACUGGACAUUCAGACUGUUGAAAAAUAAUACCGUUCAAAGCAGUAGUCGAUAAACUACUGUGAUAUUGCAUCUGGCUUGGCACAAUUAGAUCUGAUUUUACUGAAGGGUCUCUAAGUUCAUGGAGAGUAUAACUUGUGAAUAUAAAUCUGGUUGACAGCUGCUCUUGAGUUUUAUUGCUGAUUGAACAAAGGAAUUAAGAUUAAAUAGGGCUUAGCAACGUUUUCCUCAGUGAAUCAUCUUAUUUAAUUGUUGCUGAUGAAGGAGCCUGUUCUAAGGAACUUGCUGACAAAGGACUGAAGCUUGUAAUGAUUAGUGGCAGUUUGGAAAUUGUCUGUGUUCCUCCUUUUUUUUUUUCUAAUAUGUGAGGAUAUUAAACAAAUAAAUCUGUUGAA